AUGGAGGACAACCAGCUGCACAUCAAGCUCAUGGAGAUGAUGGGCCGGGAGAAGAAGUAUCAGCUGCCUGACAUGCAGGUCGAUUUCAUCGACUCCAGCUGUAUGCCCGUCUAUAGGGCGGUGGCAAGCCUCAGUCCGGUGCUGGGGCCGCUCGUGGACGCCGUCGAGCACAACCGGCGUGUGCCGGAGGAGUUCCGGCAAGGCUACAACGUCGACCUCAAGCGACCGGAAACUUGGGUGUUGACCUUUGGCACGUGCCGGACGACGGGUCAUCUGGGGCCGCAGCAGCGCACCUGCGAUCUCGCCUACCGGAACAGCAGUGUCCAGGUGCAGGUGCUCGAUUACCGGCACUACAAGGGAGUGCAGCGGUGGCGCGUGCCAGCAACCGGCGUCUACUCCCUGGUGGCGAGCGGCGCCAGCGGCGGCAAGGGCUUCGAGUCCUUCAGCCAGGUCAGCAAGGCCUCCACGGCCGUCUCCGUGGUGCACCUCAACAAGGGCGAGGAGAUAUUCAUGGUCGUGGGCCAGGAGGGCACCACCGCCUGCCACAAGGACGCCACUGGCACGACGCGAGAGUCCUGCGACUAUGGCGUGCCGCGCACCAUCGCCUCGCUCUCGCGCCUGCACAGGGUCACCGGGCUGUGGCGCUCGCGCCGCCACCGCGCGUCCCGCGAUACGAGCAGUGAGCUUCUCAAGCGUCUCAGGAAGAUCCAGUUCGAGGGUGGCGGCGGUGGCGGCGGCGGCGGCACGUUCGUCUUCCAGGUGAAGGACCAGCUGCAGGUGCCGCUGGUGGUGGCGGCUGGCGGCGGUGGCCUCUCCAACAACAAAAACGACUUAGCGUCGCCGCACGGCCGCGGCGAGAACCACACCGUCGGCCACGGCAACGGGCGCGCCUCAGAGCCUUACGGAGCCGGCCCGGGCGGCGGUUGGAACGACUCGGAGCCGACGGCGGCCGGCGGCCGGCCUCUGGUGCUGGGCGCCAUCGGCGGCCCGCCCUGCCGCAACGCCACCGACUGGGGCACGUUCGGCGGCUUCGGCGGCGGCGGCGGCGGCUGCACGGCCGGCGGAGGCGGCGGCGGAUAUGCCGGGGGCGACGCUCUGGACGGGGCGAACCAGAACGGCCGCGGCGGGAUGAGCUUCACCACUGGACAGCACCGGGUGGUGCGGCCGGCCAGCCACAUCGGCCCCGGACAGGUGCACGUCAUCCCCGCCUUCAAGGGCUGCGGCUGCGAACACCUGUGCGCCGCCAUCGACACCAGGGUGACAAUGACCCGCUGCAUCUGCCAGGAGGGCUGGCAGCUAAUGGACGACAAGACCUCGUGUCAAGGACCGCCGGGCCUGGGCCGCCGUCAGCAGUGGUCCAACACGGCCGUAAUCGUCGUGGUGGCGCUGGCUGUCCUCUUCCUGCUGGUGGUCGGCAGUCUCGCCGGCUUCUACUGUGAGUGUUGCUGA